AUGUCUGCUAGCCCUAUCUAUCUCGGCGUUAUUGGCGUCGGCGGCGUUGGCACUGCAUUCCUCUCUCAGCUUGCUCGUCUUCCCAAUGCUCCCAAACUUGUCCUCCUCGCUCGUUCUUCCCAGACCCUGCUCGCUCCGACACCGGCCUACUCUCCGGCCAUCCCCGCUGCCGACUGGGCGACUGCUUCCGCUACGCCUUCUUUGAACAAAACCGGUGCUCUGGCCGCCGACGAGAUCGCGACAUACCUGGCAUCUGCUCCCGGCCGUGCCAUCCUCGUAGACAACACCUCCGACAUCAGCCUCGCCCGGCAAUACCCCACCUUCUUGAAGAAGGGCAUCUCGAUCGUGACUCCAAACAAGAAGGGAUUCUCCGACGAUCUCUCGCUAUGGAAGGAUAUCUUCGCCUCGGCCAGUGAGGGCAAGGCUCUCGUUUACCACGAGAGCACUGUCGGUGCUGGACUCCCCGUCCUGUCGACCCUGAAGGAUCUUGUCGCGACGGGCGACGAGGUGACUCGCAUCGAGGGUGUUUUCUCCGGCACUCUUUCAUUCCUCUUCAAUACCUUCGCUCCGGCCUCGGGCUCUUCGGAUGCCAAGUGGAGCGACGUUGUCUCCCAGGCCAAGGAAUUGGGAUACACCGAGCCUGAUCCUCGGGAUGACCUGAACGGCAUGGACGUCGCUCGCAAGCUCACCAUCUUGGCCCGUCUCGCGGGCUUGGAGGUGUCUCGGCCCGACUCCUUCCCUAUUGAGUCUCUCAUUCCAGCGGAGCUGGCAUCGCUUCCCUCCUCUGCGGACGGCAUCGCUGAGUUCAUGAAGCGUCUACCCGAAUUCGAUGCCCAGAUGACCACCAUCAAGGAGAAUGCCGAGAAGGCGGGCAAGGUGGUGCGCUACGUGGGAAGCAUCGAUGUUGCUUCAAAGGACGUCAAGGUCGGUCUGCAGUCGUUUGAGAAGGACAGCGCCAUUGCUGGCCUCAAGGGCAGCGACAACAUCAUCAGCUUCUACACCAAGCGUUACGGCUCCAACCCCCUGAUCGUGCAGGGUGCGGGAGCUGGUGGUGAGGUCACCGCCAUGGGUGUUUCGGCCGAUCUCAUCAAGGUCGUGCAACGCUUGCAGUAA